CCAUGGACGACGUGGUCACCGACGCGCCGCCGCCGUCCCGCUUCUCCCCGGACGACCUCGACAACUUCGCCGCUCCGCCGCCGCAGCCCACCCCCAUCCUCGUCGUCUCCCCCAACCCUAGCCCCCCCUCCCCGCGCCUCCUAAUCGUCCUCAUCUCCCCCACCUCCCUCGCCCUGCUCCCCUCCCCGCCGCCUCCGCUCCACGCCUCCCUCCUCCUCCCCGACCUGCCCCUGCAGCAGUCCAACCACGCGCCCAUCCGCGUCUACCUCCACCCGUCCUCCGGCGCGCUCCUCGCCGCCGUCCACGCCGCCGUCCCCGCCCACCGCGCGCGCGCCGCCGCCAGGAGCCUCAUCUCCGCGCUCCAGCCGGAGGAGGUCCUGGUGCUAGACGCGGUCCGGAGCGGGGCCUACAGGGGCAGGCUCGCCGCGGACGAGACGGUGGAGGGGAAGCUGGAGACCAGCGCGGCCCGUCGGCUGGGAGGCGUCGGCGCGGCCAAGGGCGUCGCGGCGCUGGCCCCUCCGGGGAGCGUGAUAGACGGGCUCGGCGCGGCCCUGAUGGCGGAGUGCCAGAUCCGGGGGAAGGCCGCGAGCAUGGUGGUGACUUGGCCGGCGGCCGCGAGGCCCUCCGACUUCGGGGUCAUGCGGAGCGUGGCGGCGCAGCUCGGCGUCGAUCCGGUGAAGGCCGCGGCGAGGGUCUCCGGCCGGAGCGAGCUGGGCGCGCUAUAUACUUAAGAAGAUGUUAUCCCUUCUUACUUCUCUGUGCUCAUGGUUCGUCAGUUGUGUUGUUUGAGUUAUGUAAUCUGAGAUGGGAAGUUGGAGAAAAUUCCUAUAUGUAUCAGGGAUUCAGUAUGCAGCACAAAUGAUUUCGUGUUUCUGGCAAUCAGCUAAACAACUAUGGACACGCGAGCUACAAUUUACUACUCUGUUCUGUGUCAUCACUACAUUUGAUUGUGUUGUUGCCGUGCUUGCUUGCGUU